AUGCUUUCACGAACCUGCAAGAACGCUACUUCUCGAACCUUUUGGGAGGUCUUGUUGCAAAUGGCAAUUUUAUUCCCUGCAGGAUCGCGCUUGUUCGUCACCUACUUGAGCUUUCCCUGCGAAACAUCAGCUGUCCAUCGAAAUCCAGUGAAUUUGUUUGAUUGGGUCAAUCGAUUUGACGAUCAGAUAUUCAGAACAGCGAACCAGCAGAGUCUAGAGGAUUGCUACGAGGCAUCGUUUACUUUCAUCAAAACAAUCAGAGUGUUCGCAUCGUGGAGUCCAAAAGACUGCUUUAUGGCUUGUACAAAUCAUUUCUUGGAAUUGAGCCAGGCUGUUGAUCAUCAUGUGGACACGCCCAACGGUCGGUAUUGUCUGGCUAGACUCGAUAUUUGCUACAAAGAUUCUUCAGCUACUCUGAUGAAUGCUUGCUUAGCAGGAAAUGAGCUGAAUUAUUGCCCGGAAACGCAUUGCAUUUGCACGACCAGUGUCUGGUUUGCAAGCAUCGUCAAGCCCCUUAGAUCACGGUCCGCCGAUUUCCGAAGGACCCUCGUUGAGCCUCCUGAAGGCUAUCGAACUGUGCCUAUCUGCCAUCCGGAUGAAGUCGAUCGAGUGUUGAGCAUCGCAAUCAAUGGCUUUGAUAUCGAUACGCGACCAGCAGAAGAACCUCUUUGGGUAAGUGUUGCUCAAGUAAAGAACUAUAAAAUUUUUUGCGAUGCACACUCUGUGAGACGACAAAGUUCGGUCUACAAAGAACUUGAGGGAGUCCGCAGGGGGGAAGCCUCGAUUUGCAGCUGCGUGCGCUUCGAUCCGCAGGAAGAGCUUCCGUUCGGAAAAUAUCGGAACCACGAAUGCUUUACAAGCUCGAAGGUGCGGGUCUUCUCCUCGAACGUCACGGUAACAACACCAGAAGAUGCUGUGAAAGAUAUUCCACCUCUCAUCGAAUACAUAUUUGACGAGUCGUCCCAAUGGAUUCCUCAACAUUACCUUUAG